GAAAUACACACCCCCACCAUUGUAGAGGUCAGAAACGUGCGUGCAGUUCUAUACUUUUUCCACCUGGUCUACCCCGUAUUUACGACUCUCCACCACAAGCUCCUUGCUUUACCUCGGCCUGGUUGCAUCGCCAGGAUAUUCAAUUCUCCACGCCCAUACACCUCGCCGCCCCCCCGUUACCUCUCGCACCCCGUCACAAAUGCGCCCCAGAUGCCCUCCGCCGACUUCGCCGCCGCUCAGGAGCGCAUUGCCGCUCGCCGCGCCCAACGCGACUCGGACGCAAGAGCACGCGCCGCUGCUCAGAAUGCUGCCAACGCCUCGACGGUAGCGCGACUGCCAUAUCCCUUCAAUAGACUGGGAAACGCGGGACUGAGUGUGUGGGAUGCCAUUAGUGGACGGGAGGGGACGAGACCGGCAUUUAGGGUUGGCCAGGUGGAUGCCGAACUCCUCGACGACGAGCUGCUAGAACUACUGAAGGGCCAGGUUGGCGAGGGCCUAAAGUAUCUGGGUUCCCAUAUCACAGACACCUACUCCCCCGAAAUCCUCCUCGCCCUCCGCGCCAUCCUCUUCAAACUCUCUAUAUGGGACCACAACGCCUCCUACGGUGCUCUCCUCCAAGGCCUACGCUAUUCUGAUGCCCGGUCGAACUUGCCCUCACGUCCACCCCCAGAACCAUGGCAGAAGGUCGUCUACGGCCUCACCAGCGUCGGUGGCCGGUACGUGUGGACGAAGUGGGAAGAGCACCUUCUCGCCCUUUCUGAGGACUACACCCACGAAUCUACACCGCAGUUCCGGCUCCUCACCCGAAUAACUGAGCUCACAAACUCGGCCCACGACGCCGCAAGCUUGAUAUCUUUCCUUGUGUUCCUCACAAACGGCCGGUACCGCACAAUACUAGACCGUAUUCUACGGCUACGGCUGACGCCGACAUCCCACGCUACAUCCCGCGAAGUCUCAUUCGAGUACCUCAACCGCCAACUCGUGUGGCAUGCCUUCACUGAGUUCUUACUCUUCCUACUCCCCUUGGUGGGGAUAUCCCGCUGGCGUCGUAUCCUCGCCCGCGGAUUCAGGAAAGCAAAACUACUCUUCCUGUCAACUAUUGGCCGGAGUCCUUCGUCCUCCUCUGACCCUGAUGCUGAGAAAGCUGGAGGCGAAUUGGGAUUCCUCCCCCAGCGCACCUGCGCCAUCUGCUAUCGAGACCAGAAUCCGAUCAAUGCGAAUGAGGCGGAUAUCAUGGCGGCGAGUGCCGGCGGCGGCGGUGUGGUGGGCUCUGCAGCGACAGAUAUCACAAACCCGUACGAGGCGGUGCCGUGCGGGUGCGUCUACUGCUUCGCGUGUCUGGCGCAGCGGGUGGCAAAUGAAGAGGGCGAGGGCUGGACGUGUCUGAGGUGCGGAGAAGUGAUUAAAGAGUGCAAGCCCUGGAACGGAGACGUGCUAGAGGAGCGUACGGGCUCCAGGGGCUCAAGUGGCGGGAAUGGCAAGACUGUUGGAUUCGCCGCAGAUGGAGAGGAAGAGGAGGAGCUGAGAGAGGUGGAUCCGGUUCCGGAGGCCGAUGAGCUGGAGAAAGGGGUCGUGGCUUCGACGUCAAUGGUGGAAUCUGAGACCCAACGUGGUCUCGAUGGGAGUCAACGACUGAGUGAGAGCUUUGCCCUGAACGAGAGUGAGGAGUGGGGGCAGAACGGCAUGGGCAAUGAUAGCUCCGAUGAGCAGAGUGAGGAGUAUGAUGAAGAUGAAGAGGAGGAGGGAAACGAUGAAGGAUAUGAGGAUUAGAUGAGACGUCUCGGAAUCUCUCGUCCGUCUACUCGAUCUAGGCGCAGUUGGUUUGAAUACAAGAAGAAUAUCACGCUCGCCAUAUGCGUUCCUUGAAACAAAUCUAUUGAGGUUAACCACCGAUUUCCUUAUUACGUCAUGGCUCUAUCGCAUAUAUCCAACACCAACUCCAAUCACCUUUCCUCCUGCCCAUCCGCCGUCCUCGCCGGUUUC